CGAAGCGACAGAAUAAUUGAUUAUCUGCUUGAAUAUUAACAGCUUCUAUUUGAUCCGAAAUGAAGGGUGCUUUGACAGUUGUCGGCGGAGUUUUUAUUCAUGUAGCUUUGGGGGUCUUGUUUACCUUUGGUGAGUAAUAAUUUAACAUAUAAACUAAGAACUUAGUAUGCCGAGUAUAUAAUCUUGAACUGCUUGUGCCAGUGUAAGUAGUGGCAAUACGAACAAGCUUUCGUUUGUAGGGAUGCAACUACCUGAAGAAUAUAAGGAGAAUUUCGACGUUUCGAGCGAAGGCCCUUCGUCUGGAGUUAAUGCCCAGUGAACUUGGUCUAGCAAGAUAUAUAUAUAUAUAUAUAUAUAUUUAAAGAGGCAUAUGCAUUGAAGUGUAUCUAAGAUGUCAUUUGAUAUUUGCACCCUUUUCUCUGCAAUAUAUGUAUACUUGAUGUAGACUUGAUUUUUCCACUUUUUUAGUAAAACAAGGGAGUCUAUAACUAUAUAUAAAUAUAAUUUUAUUUAUUAUAUAAACAAUAUUUCAUAUUAAAUAUGUACAAUAAUACGCCAAGUCAGAUAUAGGAAAUACCAUACGGUUGAUGAUGCAUAUAUACAAUAUACUACAACAAUGAAAAUGGUUGGCUGCUAACACAGAUCAAUGCACUGAUCAAUCAACGUUUAAUUUUAAUAGUCACGCAUUGUUACGCACGGGGAAUUUCAAGCCUAAAGGUUUGAUUAUGAUAGAAUACAUGAUAGAGUGGGAAAGCAUUAAGAACAUGUCGAACAGAUGUCCAUGGUCGCUUGACAAUGACUGCCAACUCUCGUGCACUCUCAUCCUCGUAACCUCGUUUGACACUGUUUGAUCUGGGAUAUACAUACAUAGUUUACAUAUCUUUUGGAAUGUCCGGUUUCGAACGCCCGCACGUGGAUUUAUUUCAUUAAUUAUCUUUCUGGCAAAUAUUCGUUAUGUUUUCUACUGGCACUAAAGCCCGGCACACACUGGAUCUAUCAACUGAGCUGAGCAUCACUCGUGACUGUUGGCGUAAAGGCCAUUUUCCAUUGCAGUCGUUUUGCCCGCGCGGGCGGAGCGAACAUUACUCAACUUUCUCUCUAGUUGUCUAAUCUGUGCAUUUCUUGUCCGCCUGACUGCUCGCGGACACGCCAUGAAAGUAGAACUACAUUCAACUUUCUUGGCGUGCCCGCGUGACUGAUUUUUCACGCGAUUAAAAUUGGUCGCUGCACCCGCGCGGUCAAAGCGACCGCAAUGUUGUUGCCUCAAAGUGAUGCCUAUCACAGCAAUAUGACUGAUAUAAUUGUAUGUCUUCAGGGCUCAGAGGGUCGUGGUUCCCCCUGUUGGACAUUACCCAAGGGGUUACGAUUACAGCCGUGGUGGGAGUUGGACUUUUUCGUCCAUGGGGAAUACACAUGCUGUGUAUUUGUGAGGAUGGAGUGUUCCCAAAGGUCACCCUCAACCCCAUAGACUCAAACAAAUCAAUGUAUUGUACAGUGUAUUGUAAAGUAAACAAUGACCAUACUGGGAUCUACUACCCCUUGGACAUUUAGGAUGCCCAUCUCGGGGAUCUAAUACUACAGCUAGAACAUCAGUGAGGCCAGGAAAAACCUGCAAUAUAUAUACAGGAAACCUAGAUGGGGCCAAGACAACCAGUCAUUUCCCCACAAAGCUUCUAUCUUACAAGUUCUUAUUCUUAAUUGGAGGGUUGGUAACACGACAAACAAAGCUGACCAUCAUUUUUUUAUUUAUUUCCCCUUAAGAUUUAAUUAUGUCAUUGUGUUCGUUAAACAAUUUUGCAACAUGUAUUUGUUAACCCCACUUAUUUGAUUGAAUUAUGAUUGGUGGAACUGGACAUAACACAUACUCUCAAAUAAUGUGACAUUAAUCUCAGAAAAAUCGCUUGUUCAUUAUUUUAAAAUAGCAGGAUCAAAAUUCAAGUCAGGUGUUUAUAUUAACCACAGUGUUGUGAUUGAACAUGCAAUCAUGCAUGCAUGAGAGUAGCAGAGAUUGUAAGAAUAUGUAUUUGGUAGACUAAAUAGAUCAUGCAUGCAGUAUAGUGAUAAAACAUUAAUUCUUUUUCACGAGUAUCGACAUACAUUGUAUCGUACCAAUCUUUCAUGAUAUCCAACUUGUCGAUUUAUCGCAAAUGUAGAUAAAGUGAAAAACCCCAGAGUUUUAAGCCUAGCGCACACUGGUGCACUUAGCACGCACACAUGUCAUUCGUGACAAUUGUGGUUUACACAUAAUCCUAGUCUGCGGGGACCAAUUUUGGAUUGUCUCAGUCAUUCGUGUCGUAUCAAACGUGUUUGAUAUUUUCUGUCACGCGUGACAAAAUGUGCCCAGUGUGCGCUGAACAAAUGCGAGCAAUUCAUGCAGCAAGAAAUAUGCAAGUAUAUUAACUUCAAAGUUCAAUAGAAGAAACUUGUAUAAGUAUGGGGGAACAACGCAGUGAACUUGUUGCCGAAGCAAUUUUAGAAGUCAAACUUUGUCUAUAUGUGGCCCGAAUUUCCAUGUAUUUAUAACGUGCGCUCGCCAGAUUUCAAAAAUAGAGGUCUACGAGAAAAGGCUUUUGAAGAAAUUGCGGAAAAGUUGGGACAAUCCGGUAAGUCUUUACACAAAUUAGAUUAUGCAUCAACAUUUUAUGCUUGUUUCAUGUGCAUCAUUUGUAAUAAUUUCGUGUAUCUCUUUACUUAUUAAAGUGACCUGGGUCAAAGCAAAAAUUAAAUGAACAAGCUACACAAGAAGCAAAAAGCAGGCGUCAAGUGGCAGUUCUCGAAAAAAACCCACCAAAUGGACAAGCUGACUUGCUGAAAAGUUACAAUUUCUUGAGCCUUUCGUUGCAAUUGGAACACCGAUCUCGAUCAUGGAUUAUGUAAUUUUUUUUUUUAAAGUCUUCAUUAACAAUAUAAACGGCCGGUACCAAUACAGGUAUAAGUUUUAAAUUCCAGCCAUAUAUAUAUAUAUAUGUAUUUAGCUGGAUUAAAAGUAUUUUGAAGAGUAAUUAAUUAGAGAGAUUACUCGGGUUAGCUGAAUUUAUUCAUAUAUAAAUUUGCACACAAUAUUGAAUUAAAUAUGUUCUGGUUAGUUAAUCAUAAUGUCUUGCCAUGGAACCAUCCCAUGGUUACUGAAAAAAGUUGUCAGUAGUUCACGUUGCGUUUUAGCAUUUCUUGAAUGGCUACGAUCUGUGCUGUAUGGAUCUAUUGCAGUGAUCCACACCAUGAUCUAUCUGUAAGCGUAUGAUCACUAUUUUCUACAUCAGCUACGGAUACAUAGUAUAGCCUUUGUUACGUUCAACCAAAUAUUUAUGCAAACAACACGCUGCCAGAAUUAGAUGUGUUAUCUUUUCCGGCUUUAUUGUUGUUAGAAAAACUCUCCAUCUGUUCGCAUGCAAAGAUACCGAACGCAUUUUCAACAACACGCCUGGCACGUGAAAGACGAUAGUUGAAUACGCGUUUUUCUUUAUCUAAAUGUCGGUGUGGAUAUAGCUUCAUGAGAUGUUUGCUCAUUAGGAAGGCAUCGUCACCAACAAUGUAGUAAUAUAUAGUGAAAGAAACAAUUCCUUGAAUAGAAGCUGGUGGUGGCAAAUUGAGCUGGUUUUCAGCCACAGCUUUCAUCAAGGUAGAAUUAUUGUAUACACCAGCAUCUCCUGCUCGUCCUGAUGCGCCAACAUGUAUGUAAAUAAAUUUAUAAUUGGCAUCAGUACAAGCCAAGAACAGAAUGCUAAAGAAGUGUUUGUAGUUAAAAAAUGCUGAUCCACUUCCACUAGGCUGCUGUAUCGCGAUGUGCUUUCCAUCGAUGGCUCCAAUACAGCAGGGAUAGUUCCAUUUUUACUCAAAUUGUUCAGCUACAUUCAACCACUCCAAUGUGGUGGAAGGUGUCUGAAAAAAAGAAUUUCGAAACAUUAAAUUCAGCUUUUUUUUAGGACAUUUUUGAUGCACAAUCUUAUUCUUCUAAAAUGGAUGAAAUAGACGCAGAACUCUUCGAGGUAGACGAUAGCUGCGGUCAAAACGACUCGGAAACAUCAAGCAACUUGUUAGAAAAUGUCAAUACUGUCCAGUUCACAAAAUCGACAAAGGAACCAUUAAAAGUAAAAGCAAGCAGAAAGAAGCAGGCCGAAGAAGAGUUCAAAUUACUUAAAAAUCUAGCUGUUUCCACUGGAGAAAGAAAAGCGAAGAAGGCAAAGUUAGGGACCCAGAACAAUGGUACAGCUGAAUAUGCUUUUGGUCGUUAUGUGGUCCAUGCGUUAUCUGAACUUGACCCAGCCACAAGAAUUUUUUCCCAACAUGAAAUCAUUAAUAUUUUGUUCCAAGCUCAAACUGGAGAACUUAGGAGCAAGCACAGUAUCAGAACGCUCCCACCUUCGCCAGUUAUACAACCACAACAACAGACCUUUCAGCCAAUAUCUAGACCAAACAUUAUUCCCAGACCGUCAGCAAUCCUUAAGUCGUCAGACCAUCAUUCUUCGGCACGAAUAGUCAACCAUGCAGUAGUAUACCAUCUAUAGAGACAAGUUUUCACCAUGGCCCUCGAUCCUCGAUGGAACAAUCUCGUGGUUAUGCCGACCAGAACUGGUGUAAAGUUUUAAAUGAAAGGGAGUCUAUAUUUAUUUCAUCUUGUGGCCAACAGCAAGAAGACACAGUGGAAUAAUAAAUUAUUCACAUGUAGACUGCAGUGAAGACGUUGUGUAGCCUGUGGCAACUUAUGGCAACUAUCGUUAUGUUAUAAUGAAAGUACUACACGUUUGUAAAAGUGUUGUGUAAAAAUUUAAAAUGAUAGUCACCUUCAUAUAUUGUUGUUUCAGUGCAAUGUAAAGUGCCUGACAGGUCUCUUCGACCAUUUCCGAGAUAGUUCUCUCGCCAAUUUGAAAUUGAAACGAUAGACUCCUGAAAGUCUCUUCUGGGUAUAGAAAGAG